CAACCACUAAGAUGACCAGGGUACGGAUAGUUACAUGGUCGAAUGGCAUCCAUCGCCUUGUGGCUAAGGGACCCUUGGGUUCAGAUGGCGGUGUUUCUUCUGGAAGAUGGCUGAGCGAACAAUGCUUUUUUCUUGUUCACCCCCAUAUCUCAAAACAAACUACCCCUAUCAUGGACUGGCAAACCCUGGCGACACGAAGUUCAUGUCCGGCCUGUCUGUUCACUGCGUCUGGCCGAAAAAAGAAAACAUUAUGCUGCUGA